UAGGAAUCAUGGCAGCUCAGGAUCCAGAAUGGUUCACAGCCCAACAGAACUUCACCAUGUACGAGCCGGGUAUCGAAGAAGAGAUACCAGAAGUGUUCAAAACGUACCACCACAUCCCCGUGCUGCUGGUAGCUUACCUCGCUGUGGUGAAGCAUUAUGGACCCAGGUUGAUGAAGGACAGGAAGCCGUUCAGCCUCAAGAAUGUGAGGAUGAUAUACAACCUCAUACAGAUCGUCAUCAACUGGUACAUAUGUACCCUGUGCUUCAGCCUGGUCGGCAAUGGGAUAUCUGACCCCUGGGGAAACGGUUGCUAUCCUGUGACGUCUGUUACUAGGGACCCCAACGCAUACAAGAUGAUUGUAAAAAUCUCAUAUUACUACUACCUCAACAAAAUAUUAGACUUCAUCGAAACGGUAUUUUUCGUCCUAAGAAAGAAGCAGUCUCAAGUUUCAUUCCUCCAUAUAUACCACCAUGUAAUCAUGGUUUUGAGUAUUUGGCUUUCUAUUUUCAUCAUUAGAGAAGAGAACAUUGUGCAAAUAGCAGCGAUAAACACUUUGGUACACGUGGUGAUGUACGUGUACUAUUUCCUGUCCGGCCUGGGACCAGCCAUUCAGAAGUACCUCUGGUGGAAGAGGUACAUUACGAGGAUGCAAUUGGUACAAUUCCUGAUGGGUAUGACAACGCUUGUAAAAAUGACUGUGACUGGGUGCAGAAAUGAUACAAGAUUUUUGUAUUUGUGGUAUUUCAAUUCUCUAACCCUUUUCGGCCUCUUCGUCCAUUUCUACAUCAAGACUUACCUUCCUAAAAAGAAGAAGGAAUAAUUGAAACUUAAAAAUAAUUAUUUUUGUACCAAAGCCAUAUUAUAUAAGACUUGUAUAUACCUCAUGUAUACCAGUGUUGGGCAUAAGAAUAUUUCAAUUAGAAUCACUCACUAAUUAUUACAAUUACGAAUAGUUGUAAUUGUAAUUAUAAUAACAUGAUAAAGUAUUGUAAAUUUAUUUGUGGUCAACAAACACAAUACUGGUCGAGCCAAAGUUUAAAAUAGUUUACGUGUUAGUUGUUUUAUAUCUUAGAGUACACAUAAUUAAUUACCUAACACUGGAAUGAACUUAUAAAUAAAUAAUUAAAUACCUAGCCAAUGAAAAUAAGAAAAUUAAAAAAUAAACAUGUACAUGGAAUUGUAAAUGUAUAUUACAAUUAAUUUAUUGUAAUUUUGAAAAAAAAUACUAAUUCAAAUAUAGUCAAGUUUUGCUCAUGUAAUAGAAGAUGUAAUUAAUUAAU